AUGCUGUCAUUAUUUCAACGAGUUCUCGACUGGUUUAAAAGCCUCUUCUGGAAGGAAGAAAUGGAGUUAACCCUGGUAGGGCUUCAGUAUUCAGGAAAAACGACAUUCGUUAAUGUGAUAGCAUCUGGCCAGUUUAGUGAAGACAUGAUCCCAACAGUGGGCUUCAACAUGAGGAAAAUCACAAAAGGCAAUGUGACAAUUAAGUUAUGGGAUAUAGGUGGACAGCCUCGGUUCCGGAGCAUGUGGGAAAGAUAUUGCAGGGGAGUAAAUGCAAUCGUUUACAUGGUUGAUGCAGCUGACCGGGACAAGCUGGAGGCCUCACGCAAUGAACUCCACAACCUGCUAGACAAGCCUCAGCUACAGGGUAUUCCAGUAUUGGUCCUGGGAAACAAGAGAGAUUUGCAUGGGGCUUUAGAUGAAAAAGAAUUGAUAGAAAGAAUGAAUCUUUCAGCAGUUCAAGACAGAGAGAUUUGCUGCUAUUCUAUAUCCUGCAAGGAAAAGGAAAAUAUAGAUAUCACACUUCAGUGGUUGAUCCAGCAUGCAAAGUCCAAACGAUGA